CCUCCUCCUCCUCCUCCUCCUCCUCCUCCUCCUCGCGGUCGAGCGACCCUGGAGCGAGAUGCACACAGCCGCCGGCUCUGCGCGCCCUGCCCUUCCCUCCCAGCCCAGGAAGAGGAGAGCGGCGAGGGCGCAGCCCAAAGUCGAGUCCGGUGAGUCUGUGGAUCCGGAGUGAACCUCCCGGGCGAGCCGGCUUAGGCCCCGCGACCCUCGCGCCGGCCGUGCACCGCAGACGACCCCUCCACCCGCCCCUCCGCGGAAUUUGCACCCAGCACCCGGCUCCUGGCCCUGACCCCAGGCCCCGCGACGCCCCCAGCCCUGUGCCUCGCGCAGGUGGCGCAGACGCCCCUGUUCUCCGACGCCCCCUGCCGGGGAGAGGGAAGGCGGCGGCCGCGGACGAGCCGGGCGCAGGCGGGGAGAGAGCUCCGGCGCCGCCGGGAAGAGGCCGGGAGCUUCCCUGAUGGUGCCGCCACCUCCGAGUCGGGGAGGAGUGGCGAGGGGGCAGCUGGGCAGGAGCCUGGGUCCGCUGCUGCUGCUCCUGGCGCUGGGACACACGUGGAGCUACCGAGAGGAACCCGAGGACGGCGACAGGGAGAUCUGCUCGGAAAACAAGAUCGCCACGACGAAAUACCCGUGUCUGAAGUCUUCGGGUGAGCUCACCACGUGUUUCAGGAAAAAAUGCUGCAAAGGGUAUAAAUUUGUUCUUGGACAAUGCAUCCCAGAAGAUUACGAUGUGUGUGCCGAGGCUCCCUGUGAACAGCAGUGCACGGAUAACUUUGGCCGAGUGCUGUGUACCUGUUAUCCGGGAUACCGGUACGACCGGGAGCGACACCGGAAGCGGGAGAAGCCGUACUGCCUGGAUAUCGACGAGUGUGCCACCAGCAACGAGACACUGUGCGCCCACAUCUGCGUCAACACCGUGGGCAGCUACCGCUGUGAAUGCCGGGAGGGUUACAUCCAGGAGGACGACGGGAGGACGUGCACCAAGGGAGACAAAUACCCCAACGACACUGGGCACGACGAGAAGUCUGAGAACGCGGUGGAGGCCAAAACCUGCUGUGCUACGUGCACUGAGUUUCUCCAGAUGAAGCAGACGGUGCUGCAGCUGAAGCAGAAGAUUGCCCUGCUCCCCAACAGUGCUGCCGACCUGGGCAAGUACAUCACUGGCAACAAAGUGCUGGCCUCAAAUGCCUACCUUCCAGGACCUCCUGGGCUGCCUGGGGGCCAGGGCCCUCCUGGCUCACCAGGACCUAAGGGGAGCCCAGGCUUCCCCGGUAUGCCAGGCCCUCCCGGGCAGCCCGGCCCACGGGGCUCCAUGGGACCCAUGGGACCGUCUCCUGAUCUGUCCCACAUUAAGCAAGGCCGGAGGGGCCCUGUGGGUCCGCCAGGUGCACCAGGAAGAGACGGCUCUAAGGGAGAGAGAGGAGCACCCGGACCCAGAGGGUCGCCAGGACCCCCUGGUUCUUUUGACUUCCUGCUGCUGAUGCUGGCCGACAUCCGCAAUGACAUCGCUGACCUGCAGGAGAAGGUGUUUGGGCACCGGACGCACUCUUCAACGGAGGAGUUCCCUUUACCUCAGGAAUUUUCCAGCUCUCCGGAAGCCAUGGGCUUCAGCUCUGGAGACGAGUACCCAAAAACAACUGAGACAAGAGACUUGGGACCCACCAGAGACUUUUAUCCUUAGCCCAUCCUAACAUCUUCAUGCCAAAGGAGGAGCAAAGAGUGUUUUCACCUGCAGUUAAGUCAUAUACAGAAAAAAAAAAAAAAAAAAAAAAAACCCACACUGGAGACCUAGAAAAGAUACAUUCUUAAUUUCUUGAGCUCUUUUCCUGCCUCCUCCUUCCUCCUCUUCUUCCAAAUACUGUUCUCACAGUCCCCCUGCCGGAGACAUGAGGGAGUAAGUCGCUAAUUACAUGUUUCCUUCCAAGAGCCAUUGGGGGGGGAGGGGGGAGGCGGGUGCUGGGGGUUGGCUGUUCUACAUUGGAACUUUCCCUCCUUCAUACUGAGGAAUUUCUGGAUUUCUGAGUUAAGUACUCUCAUGGUAUCUUAAAGUUUGGCAGAAUAUCCAAACGGAAAAAGUGGCAAGGUAAGUUCUGAGAAAGUGUGAGGUUACUUAUUAAAAAUAUAUAGAUGGAUAUGUGUCCAAAAUCAGUAAUCACUCAGUAUCAAAAUUAGGCUGCUUCAAUUAAAACGGGAAGGCAAUAAUGUAUAUUUACCUUGGCAGAUAAUUCUUUUUCCUUGUCAAUCUAACAGUCUAAUAUAUUUUAAAUGUUCUACUCUCUUAUCCAACCUCGUUUCCCAAUUUUGAUUAAAGAAAGGAGGGAAUGGAGUAGGAACGGAUAUUAGGGAAAAUGGAGAAAAAUUAGAGUCCUAUGUUUACUGUCCUAUAAGUUGCCACAUUCUAAGUUCAAAUAUGACCAUUAAGGGUUCAUGCCCUGCAUAUCUGCAAGUUGCCUGUAGCAAUAGGAGUAAAAACUCUUGUCAAAACAAAGUAAACAAAUGAAGAACCCUUAUUCCCAUUAGAACAAUGGGCUUUGCCAGGACAUUUUAAAGCUGCUUGAUCAAAUGAGUGGGCUUGCUCAGUAAAUCACAGAUAUUAAAUAAGGGUGGCUGACGCUUAGGGAGACGCACUGAAUGGCCAGGCUCAGACUGGGUGCCCAGAAGGUGCCAUUACGCCCUGAUCCUUGUUGGAUCGGUGUGCACUGGGGCUGGAGGCUGCAAGGAGGUCGCUCACUUGGGUUGUGGGGGAAGGAGAAGGAUAGCUUCAGGCAGGGACCCCACUGAAUCUGCAAAGGCAAGUAAAUAUGCCAUCAUUGGGAAUUGGAAGUCCUUGUCUGGGGCGGGUGAAGCUUGCCAACACAGAUACGCUGUUAGAAGUUCUCUUGGAUGCAGAGGGAAAUAACAGUUUUUCUUGUUUGGCAGAAAUUUGCUUCCCGCUCUUCCCAUUUUUCCUUAAUUUUCCAUAACUUAGUCCAGGUUCCAUUUCUUACAGCCCUUCUUGAUUCCCCUUCCUCAGCAAAUGCGGGAAGCAGUUGGGAAAGUGGUGUAUUCUCAAACCCGCAAUUGAGUCUGUGUUUGCUCGCACAGCCGCGAGCCUUUCCAGAAAAAGGCCGCCUCUGGUUCCAUAGAGACUGGAGCGAGAGCAGUGCUGAAGAGACCAGGAGCAUUUUCUGCUUUGGAACAUCAUUGGGGGAACGUCUUGGUUUUGAUGGGGAGCACGCGGGGCUCCUCAAGUCCAUGUUCGCAUCUACCACGUGGAAAGGCGGCCACCUGCUCGGGGCCCUUCACCCCGGCGUGGACCCGCACAGAUGCUCGCUGGCACACGCACGCCUGCUCAUGUUGGGGUUCCUGUUCCCCACCCUGCAGUUUGUCCCUGUAUUUCUGGGAAGGGUGUGUUUACUCAUUCCAUCACCUUUUCACCCACCACAGAACUAUCUUCCUGGGAAAGCUUCUUUAAAAGCCACUGUUGGUGUUUGUCGUUCCAUCUUUCCGUCUUCUUCCUCCAGAACGAUAGGCAGGGCUUCUGUGCGCGAAUCUCAAGUGACAAGAGCCUCCCUCCCCCUGUUGCCAUCAAGUUAAAACCCUGGGAUUCCAGUCGGUCAGCUGGUGGCUGGAGUUUCCACGGACCCUCAACACCACUGUUUCUUUCUGCUGCAAAAUCCCCAGUGACGGUCCAUCAGAAAGUUACAGCGACAAGCAAACACGUUCUCAGUGCGCCUUCUCUAGCAUUUUCCGUCGAUCCCCAGUCUCUCCGGAGUCCCAUCUUCACCGCAGAAGGCCUCGCCAACCUCGGGUUCACUAAGAGCUGAACUGAGCGGCCGUGGAUUCCCAUCUGGAAAGCAUUUAACGUUGCCGGCUCGUGGAACACAAUAUUUAAAGGGUGUGGAUGGAUGAACGCUAAAGAAAAUUCUGCACAGGCUCCAUGAGAAAUGAUUAGGUCCAUCUUUGAUUUUUUUUUUUUAAUGAGGAUUUGUGUUUGGAAAUAUGUCUCUUUUAUUGUCAAAUGUUCGUAAUAUACAACCGAAGAGCAUGUUUGACGGGAGGCUAGGAUAAUACAUUAAAAAAAUGAACGGAAGGAAGGAAUAGUUGGGAUUCAUGAGACUAGAUACUAUUCUCUAGCCAAACACACAAUAACCUGUGUCGUAUGAUCUCAGUCUGCUAGAUCAGCUUAUAAAAUAAUUGUUCAUCCUCAGAUUUUCAAAACCAUGGACUGCUCCCCCGGACUAAAAAAGUUCUCUGUAGGUCCAAAUUGUACUUUUCAAAAAUAAGACCUAAUAGUGCAUUGUUAAUCCUAAUGUAUCUUUUAGUUUUGGAUAGAAAACCAAAGCUCACUAUGUAAAACAGGGGCUUCUCAAAACCUAACGGGGGAUAAAAUUUGCUACCGUUUUGCUGAGCCGCCCCAUGUUUUAUGGGGGGAAAAAGAUGUUUGUACACCUCCUCAACUCCUUAGCGAAAUACUGACUUUCAUUUUUUGCACCCUGAUGACUAGAACUUAGAAUAGGACCUAAUAAUUGCUUUUCUUUUUGGAAAGCAGUGGGAAUAAAAAUAAUGCCGUUGAAAAUAGUGCACAGAAGGCACCAUUUUAGUUUAGGAAAACCCUCCUCCCUUCCUAAAUUCCAGAAGGAGAAAUUACAUGCUUUCCCAGGCCAAAGAGUAUGGGGGCACAAGGGCAAUGCUGUCUUCUCUGUCCUCUGUUAAGUCCAACACCUGCUACAGAGUGAACUGACCAACUGAAGUCAUUUCUACUCUAUGAACUCAGGUGGGUUCAUACAGGUAAAUAAUAAAUACACAUUGGCAUGGAGGGAGGAGUAUUACCCCACCAAAUAUCGGGUGAAGGGGACACUGGUCAUGCUCCCUUUCCAAGGUUCACAACUGUUUGCCUCAUGAUCGCUUUUUCCAGACAGGCAGAGGAAGGAGAUAUUCUCCGUAAUUAAGCACCAGGCAUCUCCUUGGGCUGAGAGCAAAUCCCUCACCAUACUUUGGGGGUCACCGCCCUUCCUCCUCUCCUCAACUCCAGCCUGUCAGAGACACAGCCGCCUCAUUGUGCAACCUUGACAUCUUUCCGAUAACCUUCCUGAAAAGGAAAUUUAUAUACGGGAAUCCAGGCCAAACAACUAAUAGAAUAGAGCCGUCUCAAGUUAUUAAUAAUGAAUUCAGGGAAAUAGAUGAAAUUUUUCCUGGCAUGGUCAGCAUGUGUAUUUCACAACAAAUCAAAAAACAAUUUCCAUUUGGAAAAAAAAAAACCAUGACUGAUUGCUAAAGCAUAAAAUCUUGGACUUCAUCUGCUCCUUCAAAAAAUAUUACUGCUUUAGGGAAAUCAAAGAAGAAGGAAAGACCCUUUCACGCAUCCCCCUGAGACUUGAACAUUAUUAGAUCCUGAAGCAUGUGCCCUGGGGAUUUAAUGUGUCACGAUGGUUUUUUAUUUCCUAGCGAUUACUCUUGUACUUCAGUAGCCAUGUUCAUUAUUUAUAACAGGUCUAUAUAACAGCUGAGCUAGUAUUGGAACAGUUACGGAUGUGAUACUAUGAAGUACUUUUGAUAAGAUUAUAUAUGCUUAAUAACAAAGUUAUUUUUCUUA